CCCUCCCCUUGACGGACGUCGGAGACGAGCGGCCGCCAUGAGUCUGGCGCUCAGAACGGAGCUUAACUUGGAUAAGUCCAAAAGGAAAAAGCGGCGAGAACUGACUCAAGAACAGAAGCGGGAAGUUAAGGAAGCGUUUGACUUGUUUGAUACGGAUAAGGAUAAAGCAAUAGAUUAUCAUGAACUGAAGGUUGCGAUGAGAGCUCUGGGAUUUGAUGUAAAGAAGGCUGAUGUAUUGAAGAUACUGAAAGAUUAUGAUCGGGAUAGCACUGGCAAAAUAACUUUUGAAGACUUCAGUGAAGUUGUGACUGAUUGGAUUUUGGAUAGAGAUCCAAGGGAAGAAAUGCUAAAAGCAUUUAAACUAUUUGAUGAUGAUGACUCUGGUAAAAUCAAUCUUCGUAAUUUGCGCCGGGUUGCAAGAGAGCUUGGUGAAAACGUGACUGAUGAAGAGCUACGUGCAAUGAUUGAUGAAUUUGAUAAAGAUGGAGAUGGAGAGAUUAACCAGGAAGAAUUCAUUGCUAUUAUGACUGGAGACAUCUAACUUUUAUGAAACAGCAAAACAUUGAACAACUGCGGAACAUUGAACAACUGCACGAUGUCCUAGUAUUUUAAUUCCUGUCCAAGUAUUGCAUAACGGAGGAAAAAGCACAUUCAGUAUCUUGAACGUAAAACCAAAUAUUUUUUAUUGAAUGUUUCUUCUGAAUGAAAAUUCUGUAUUGUCUUGUAUAUUUGUUAGAAGUUUGUAUUUAUAAAUUAUUUAGGUCAAAUAAAGUAAAUUUUCUGUCACAUAUUGGUAAUAGUAUAACUAGUUGCAUUCCUAUUAAUAUUUUGAUAUACUUUUGUAAGUAGUCUUAAUAAAAAUUAUAAUUCA